CUCUGAGGGUGUAAACCGGGCGGGGCUAGGUGGGGUACAGGAUAGGGGAAUGAAUAUCAUUUAUGAGCAUGGCUGCUCUUUAUUCAAGGAGAUUUCACGAAUUGUCCCCGUGUUCUUUCAUUUGCUGUUUGCUUGCAAUUGUCUCCUCGGCUAUACGAGAGUCGGCUUCGCAAUUGGAUUUACCAUGUCGCGAGACGAUAGAUCUAGCGAAUUCACCGGCGUACUUGGAUUCUUCCUUGCUAUAUGCACUAUUCUAGUUUCAUUACGGUGUUAUUGCAAGAUAGUUCUUGUCAAGUCUUUCGCGGCUGAUGAUUACCUUUCUGUUCUGACGCUAAUUUCGUUUGCUAUGUUCUGUACACUGGCUUUGCUGGGUCUCGCUAAUGGCACUGGCAAAAAGCAAUAUCUCAUUCCUACCGAACGCUAUCCUGAUGGCAUGAAGUGGUGGUGGGCUUGCGAGCCAACUUACGUGAUAUGCGGCAUCUUUCUGAAACUCAGUAUCGGUAUCUUUCUACUCAGGAUCGCCGUUGAUCGGGUACAUCGACUAGCUCUUUGGGUUUGUCUCAUCACUGUCGAGGUCUACAGUGUAUUCUUUUUGAUGCUUUUCGUCUUUCAGUGCACACCUAUCAGCUUCUUUUGGGAGCGAUUUCGUGGUGCCAAUGGUCGCUGUGUCAAUUCCGAUAUCGUGGUUGGCUCGUUUUAUGGAUACUCGGCAAUAAGUUGCAUUACGGACUGGGCGUUCAGCAUUAUACCUAUCUUCAUUGUGCGGAAGCUGCAAAUGAGUUCUCAAAAGAAGAUUACUGUCGCGAUCAUCCUUGGAUUCUGUGCUAUUGGUUCUACCGCAACUAUCGUCCGCUUACCCUACAUCAGCGGGAUGAACGAUACAGCUGAAUUUUUGUAUUCAACCACCGACGUGGCGAUUUGGUCUACCUGCGAAACAGGCAUUGGUCUUGCGACAUCUGCAGCCGCAACUCUACGCCCUCUCCUUCGUCAAGUCUUUGGCGAGCUAUCCACCACUGGUGAAAGCGCAUCGCGCAAGCAGUCCAGAAAUUGGGGCGGUAACAACCCAUCACGCUCUGGUUACAUAGCACAUUCUAGUGGAAAAGAUGGGGGUGCAAUUCAACUGAAAAGUCACGAUUCGAAAUUCGCACAGACUCAUUUGACCGCGAACGGAGAUGCGCUCAGUCAAACAAGUAGUACAGUACGGUUGACAGAGGAUGAGCAGAAAGGCAAAAGGUCGGAUGAGGAACAAAUUGGUGGGAUCAGGAAGACUGUAAAGAUUACACAAACGUAAAUAACAAUAAAU